CUUAAUAUCUUAACCGAUCCUUUCAUACUUUGUGGCACUUGCGCCUGUGACUUCCGCCUCCGGCCCUAUGGCUUCACCGUCCAAGCAGCUUCAUUUCGUGUUAAUCCCACUCAUGGCGCAAGGUCACAUGAUUCCAAUGAUAGAUAUGGCAAGGCUUCUAGCGGAGCGUGGCGUUGUUGUGAGCCUCAUAACCACUCCUCACAACGCGUCAAGGUUUGAGACAGUUAUUUGUCGGUCAACCGAAUCCGGGCUUCCAAUCCAGUUGUUGCAAAUUCCUUUUCCUUCCCUGGAAGUUGGACUUCCUAUUGGCUGCGAGAAUCUUGACACUUUGUCCUCUCGAAAUCUCUUAAGAAGAUUCUAUACUGCACUCGAGAUGCUACAAGAACCGCUAGAACGGCUUCUUGAACAGCAGAAGCCUGCUCCAAGCUGCAUAAUAUCCGACAAGUGUCUCUCAUGGACGUCCAAGACCGCCGAAAAGUUCAACGUCCCGAGGAUUGUGUUCCACGGGAUGGGUUGUUUCUCAUUGCUGUGCUCUCACAAUGUCAAGCUUCAUAACACUCACCUCACAGUCGCUUCAGACUCGGAACCUUUUCAGGUUCCAGGAAUACCGUUCAAAGUGGAGUUUACCAGGGCACAGCUUCCGGGAGCAUUUGUGAAAUUGCCUGAUCUAGAUGAUGUCCGGGACAAGAUGAAAGAGGCGGAAAUGAGUUCUUUUGGAGUUGUCGUAAACAGCUUCAAGGAACUGGAGCAUGGUUGCAUGGAGGAAUACGAGAAGGCUCUUAAAAAGAAGAUCUGGUGCGUUGGACCAGUUUCUUUAUGCAACAAAAAGGGGCUUGAUAAAUUUGAAAGGGGAAACAAGGCCUCAAUUAACGAGAAACAAUGCUUGGAAUGGCUCGACUCGAUGAAACCCAGGUCAGUCACCUACGCUUCCCUCGGCAGCCUGUGUCGUCUGGUGCCAUCCCAGUUGAUAGAACUAGGGUUGGCUCUAGAAGCUUCCAAACAACCAUUCAUCUGGGCUGUCAAAACCAAUGAUGAAUUAGAGAAGUGGUUUUCGGAACACAAUUUCGCGGAGAGGAUCAAAGGUAGGGGACUUUUGAUCAAGGGUUGGGCACCGCAGGUUCUGAUCUUGUCCCACCCUGCAAUAGGAGCGUUUUUGACACACUGUGGCUGGAACUCCACCAUAGAGGCGGUUUGCGCAGGCGUGCCAAUGAUAACGUGGCCACUCUUUGCUGAACAAUUUUUCAACGAGAAGCUUAUAGUUGAAAUUUUGAAUAUUGGAGUUCGGGUCGGCGUGGAAGUGCCAGUUAGGUGGGGUGAUGAAGAGAAAGUCGGGGUGUUGGUGAACAAAGAUGUAAUUGUUGAAGCGAUAGGUUUGGUGGUCAACAGAGGAGAGGAAGGGGAGGCGAGAAGGAUAAGGGCGAAUGAACUUGCGGAAAAGGCGAAGAAGGCGAUGGGGGAAGGAGGAAUAUCCUAUUUGAACAUGUCUGGGCUAAUCCAAGAUAUCUUGGAGCAAGUCAACCGCUCAUUCAUCAAAGGGUAAUGUUAAAAUGUUCCGCGGAUAGAAAGAUACAUUGCCAUAGAUAGUAGUAAUUAUGCUGGGACCAUGUUCCUUAGGAAGUGAGCUGAAGUAGUAGCUUCUGAUGUACCAAAAAAAAUAAACAGUAGUAACACUA